CCGUGAAGCUGCCAAUGAAGAUCCCUGCCAAGAAACUACUACUUUUUGAACACCCAGUACAUAUCGAUAUAUAUCGAAACAAAAUGUAAACAUAUAGUGGCAAUGAGUGGUUCCCAAUCCCAAAUGAAUACUGAUAAAAAUUCACUAGAAGCAUGGGUUGCAUUUGCAUGUAAAUUUGAACGACAUCGAACGGUUACUUAUACGUUGUCAAGCUGAAAUCGCGUGUAGCAGUGCACUGAUUGUGAGUCUUUAGUUUGCCUAUAAUUCAAAGGGAAAUGGCAGUAAAUAAAAAUGUAAUACUAUUGUGAAGUUUACUAAUUUCUAUGAAGUAAGAAAUGCCUCCAAUCCAAAUCUAUCCUGAAGUUCUGCUACCUUGAAAGCAGGAUCUGGAUUUCAAAUGUCAAUGUUGUUGGUGGUGAGCCGCCCUGCAACUGUCCUCAAUGUCCUCGCCUUGAGUGUUUGUGUUUUUUUAUUAGUACUGAUUCAAUUCCUACAAGUGCAGCUCAAUUUCCAUGGUGUCGCAUCAGGACUCCAAAAGGGUCUAAGAAUUGCCUAACAUUCAAUACAGCUCGUCCAAUUCCUCUUUCUACUUACAUUGUCGAGGGAGCACAGUAACUGCAAGACAACUCUAUGAGCAGCCGAACUAUGAAAAAGGCAAUGCAGAGUAAAGAAUAUAAGUUUCGAAGUUCAGUGCAUAGAUCCAAAGACUUAAUUCCCUGGUUUGGAGAUAGGAUCGAAAUCAGCUGCAAUUUUGGUUCGGAUCAGUCCAAGAAAGAUGCGUGUUCUUCCACUUCUCACCAUCGGUCAUCGGACCCAGCACGGCUGCUACGUCCCGGCCGAAGAAAAGAUUCCCUUGCUACAGUUGACAGCUGCUUUUCGAUUUGAAGGACCCAUUGCAGGAUUGUGGAAUCUGGAGAUGACCUCUUUUCUCAAAACAGUGCUCCAGUUAUUUGAGCCAGGCUCCCUUUUUGUGGUCGGUGUCACCAUCGCGAAGAGAAACCUCACCCAAACUAUUGGAAAAAUAUUGAUGAUCUACAUGAUGGUACAAUCCAUUUGACUGCAUUUCACAACAUUUUACUCCAGCUCCAUCAACUCCUACAGCUCAUUUACUUAUGUGACUCUCGGACAAGCUCGUUGAACCAGACAAAGUUGAAGGUGAAGAAUGUAAAAAUAAUGUCAAGACAGGACUGAAUCUACUCCAGUUAUCUCAACAAAGGCUCUGACAAUGCUUCAACUCGGCGAAAUGCAUGGCCGUAUUGUUAUACUCUUUCAUAUGUAUGCUGAUUGCUGAAUUGCUGAAUUGCGGAAAAAUGGUUUUCCCAAAACGCAGCUUUAAAUUAGAAGAUGUUAGCCAAGCCUUGAGAGCAGCAAAUCUCAGUGCUGCUGACAUUCCCUGUAUGACGCUCACAUCAAAAGAUUUCCAAAGGCUAUGUGAAUCUCUGAACGUUGAUGUCCGAAGUUUAAAGGUGAAGAAAAUUUUGCGAAAGUUUUUGCUGGAAAAUAAUGACCAAAUCACUUCCCUCCAAAAUCCCUCCCCUGCAGGAACCUCAACCCAUAAGCAACCCUCUUUGCUCGCAGGAGUUCAAGAAACGCUUUCAUCACCAAACUGUAGUUUACCUAUAGAACCAAUACCAUUUUCUGUACAUGCCAAUUUUGAAACUAAUUCAUCAUCAGUGGAGAGUUUAAUUGGAGUCAAGGAGCCAUUAAAGAAUCUUUCCUCACUUGCUGAUCCAUCAAUCUCUUCAAAAAUUGUUACUUCUGAAACGAGGCCUAAAGAUCUAUCAUUGGAGGAAAAUUUGUUUGAAGUUGUGGAGUUGAAUGUGAACGAUAUAGCUUCACCGCUUGUUUGUGAAACAACUCCUACAAUUGUUACUUCUGAAACGAGGCCUGAACAUCUAUUAUUGGAUAAAAAUUCGUUUGAAGUUGUGGAGUUGAAUGUGAACGAUGUAGCUUCACCGCUUGUUUGCAAAACCAGAAAUGCAAAGCAAGGCAUGAAGAAAAGAAGAUUUCUUAAAUGGCCGAGGACUGGUGGUUCCAUACUUGGAUGCCUAACAGUCCCCUCAGAAGUAUUAGAUAGAAUCUGGUCUUGGGAUAAUGAUAAAUUUACCACCCGAAAGUAUGCAUCCCUCAUAAGCAACCUCUUUUUAAAUAGUGGCUUAUCAAGUUGUGUCCUUAACGUUCAAUCUGUCUCUGUAUGUAAACGUAGCAUAACUUUUUAUUGUUACUGUGCACAUGAGAAUUGCGUAACUUUCAAAUUAUUAAGCAAGCAACUUCCAAUACGAGGGGAGAGGUUGCAAUUCACUAUAAUUCAGUUCGGUAUUGUGAAUCAUGCUGGAAGGAUGAAGACACGAUUCAUCAAUGGUUUUGUCAGAGAUGACUUGAAAGAGGUGUUAGCUUCGAAGAGUGCCUUUGAAGUUAGAGAGAAUGCAAUAGCCCAAGUGCCUAGUUCCCUCAUUAGGGAAGGAAAUCUGGGCCCGGUAACGACAUUGGAAUGCUUUCGCAAGAUUUCCUCCGAAUAUUUUGCCAAAGAUGAUCUUCAUCCGGAUGUAAUGAUAAACUUGUUAAUGGAGUGGGUAGGACAAAUGAAGAAGUAUUUACCGGACAAUGUUGAGGUAGGAGAAAACACGGAAUCAGAAGAUCAUUUGUUUUUACAAAGGGUGGGUUUUCCCUUCUUUGGAUUUUUACAAUGUGUCGAAGAGCUUGAGUUAUUCGCCACGCAUAUUGCUGACAACCUAGGUAAAGGAAAAGGUCCAGUAUUACACCUUGAUGCAACUUCCUCUCUCGUGAAACCGUACAAAAUCCCCUCCAUCCGGACCCCUAGAUGCUUCUAUUACUCACUCAGCUUUGGGUUGAGAGGCAAGUUAUGUACACUAGCAAGUGCUUGGCUAUCACAGCAAGACACUUGUCGGAUUUCUGGGUGGCUUUUAGAAGUUAGGGCAUUUUUGGAAGCUCAUAAGCACUGGCCCAUCAAAAACAAUCUCAUUGUCACAGAUACAAGUUUCCCUCUUCUAUAUUCAGUUUUGUUAGUGUUCAACACCAUGACCCUCAUUAAUUACCUGCAAUUUUGUCAUACUUUUGUGAACACUGAAGUUAGCAAAAGAAACACAGUAUUAACAAGUUCAAUAACUGUAAUUAAAAAUUGUUGUAGUCAUAAAAUUAAGAAUUUCGCCCAACAUGUAAGCAGUGCAGCACCUCAAAUUGCAAAGUGUAAAGACAGCCGAGAAUUUAUUUUAAAAUGUAUAGGGACUUUUUUCAUGUGCGAGCACUAUGAGGUACUGAAAAUGAUGUUCGAAAAACUUUUUAUUAUUUUAUUGAGCGAAAAAAAAGAUGAAGAUCUAAGUGAGGCAAUUAAAUAUUUUGAAAACCUUUUCGGUGAGCCUGAAAGUGUAUACCUUUCUACUUUGAAUGAAGUGGAAAGUGAUGCAGACUUCAAUUACAUACUUUCGUGUCCUGAGGCUCAAAAGGAGGAGGAAGAUUUCUCUGAAAAAGCCCUAUACCUUCAAAGUCCCUUCUAUAAAGAUAUGAAUACUAUUUUUCAGCAAGUAAUUAAGUUCUUAACAGAAAAAAAUAAUUUUAAAUCUAACCGUCCUACAGAUUUCCCAGUUCAGGCAUCAGUAAUUGUUCCCUCUCAGCCAGUACCUGAUAAUUUUAAAUCCAGCCAUCUCAUUGAUACUACACAGAAUCCACCAGGACACGUUCCCGCUCAGCCCAAUCCCAGCACUUUGAAACCGAGCCCACCAGUGUGUGUUCCCACCCAGUCAAAAGCAAAUAACUUGAAACCCAGCCAACCUGCCAAUUUCAAAGGGAAGGUAUCUAAUCUUGUCACUGUAAUGAAUCUAAACCAAUUUUGCUCUCCCAACUUAGCUGACACCCUUCUGAAGUUGCACUGUGCAACUAUUCCCUUGUGGACGGGCAUUGUUCGAAGACCAUUAUUUCCCAACGAUCCCAUCAGAUUCAGCAACUCGUAUGCAGAAGGUUGGAUUAAAAAUGCCAAACAGGACAUUUUCAGGGGGCAAAGAAAUAUCCGCGCAAAUCGCAUUGUGAAGGGGAUGAGGCGACAUGUGGUAACGAGGAAAAAAGAAGUUUCCUCAGGAAUUCUCCCCACCCCGUGUGCGCACACCAACCGUAGAAAGUCCAAAGUAUUAGAUGGUGGAAUUAAAAAACCCAAAAAACCUAAGACUCCAAAAAAGUCAAUAGUGAAAAAAUACAAUAAAACCAAACCCAUUGUUUCCAAGCUUAUACCAGUCACCAGUCCACAAAGUAGUGCAGCUCAAAAACCGUAUGACUUUCCACCAUUCUCCGUGGAAGAACAGUGGAGGCGAAAAGGUACACAGGUCAAUAAUCUCUCUUCAUUUUUACCGAAAGUUCACGAAAGUCUUCCAUCACUUUCCCCAUCCACUCCAAUCACGCAGAAAACUGUAACCAACGCUAACGUUGUUAAUUCAAAUGCUGCUACCACCAGCACACAUAAUUUACAAGUAUUUUCUUCUACUGAAAACGGUUUUGAGAGCCAGAUAGAUAAGUGUACUAGUUCAUCUGAAAAUGAACUGCUCCAAUACUCCCCUUUAAAUCGAAUUGCGUCUAAUCGCAAAUCAGCGCUUAUAUUGACCAAUGGUAUGUUCUUGGAUCCUGAGUUUUAUGUUCCCCUAGCAGACCUGGAGGCAGAGGAAGAGGAGGACUUUAACUAUUUUGUGGCAAAGUUUGGUUUUCAUCCACUUGGGGGCAUUAAAGCCUCUGAUUUUGACAGUCUUCGCGGAAACAAAUCUCUUAGUUUUUCUGUCAUCGAUGCACUUGCAGGAUUGACCAUUACGGCACAAAAGGAAAAGAAUUUCUCUCUUAUUCCAUGUUUAUUCAGCAAUGCCAUUCUGGAUGGCAAGGUAUCACUAAUAUCUGAAGACAUUAUACGGAAAACCUAUCAUUUACAGGAAGAAUAUAUUGUCAUGUUUUAUGAAAAUAAUAGAUCCCAUUGGUCUUUAAUAAUAAUUCACUUGCCGUCUCGAACAUUUUACCUAUUAGACCCCCUAGAAAAUCAUACCUUUAAAAAGUUAAAACAAUUCCAUAAAUACCUUGUUAAUUUCAUUACUUUUUUUAGUGUUAGUCAGCCUCAAAUUUUGUCUCAGAAGGAGUGGACUGUAUCAACCAUCCAGCACCCAAUUCAAAAAGACUUUGCCAAUUCCUCCGUUUUUUGCUUGUUUUAUUUAGAAGGAAUAGUAAAGCAGCGCUCCUUACCAAAAAGAAUCCAUAAUUCCUCGUUCUACAUCAAUGGAUCUAGGAGCACUUUUGAUCCUGCUGGUUUUCGCUCUCAGCUGCUCAUGAGACUCCUAUUAAAGUCGGAGAGUGUUAAAAACAUUUGCAUCUCUUGUGGGAAAGAAAAUGACGGGUCCAUUAAGCACUGCAUUAACUGUACGCGUUUUUGUCACCAAAAUGUUUCGUGUCUAAAGAUGUUUUAUGAAGUCUCUUCCACCUGUUGUCGCCUUUGCGACAGGUAUGAAGUGACAAAAAACACAUCCCAGCCGAUUAACUGCUCGCCCAGAAAUGAGACUGAACUAUCGCCAUCCGCUGUCCGAGACUCUGACUCAGAAAAAACACUUUCAGCCGAUGAAGAAAGAAUUGAGAGCAUCGAUGAUGAUCACCUCUUUUAUAGGGAUCAGUAUUAUCUUAAAGCAGCCAUAAGACCAGAAUAUCCAUCCCAGCCAUCCCCAUUCUCUAACCGUUUUAUAUCCAGCUCGUUGCGGAUUCCAAAGGUCUUAGCUAGAAAUCCUCAACCUUCGCUAAUGAGGGAAAAAAGUAACAAAGCUCCAUGUUUUUACAGCUUGCCAAAUGGAGUUGUAGAUAAAUUAAAUUAUUAUGUCCCCGUUCCAAGGCCUGGGAGAGUAGAUAUUUAUAAUUAUGCUGUUGCAUCUUUCUCUUUUCCCAGCUUGAGAGAUAAUGAACUUUUCUUCAAAGAUUACAUUUCCCUCGAUGAUGAUCAACAAGUUUUUUACCUAGUCAUGGACAUUGUCGCAAGCCUUUACAUCAAAUUAUUUAACCAUAGAAAUUUAAGGAUAAAGUACUUGUCAGUAGAAGUUGGUAGACAGUUAUUAGAGGGCUCCACAUCAUCGUCAUAUUUAGACCCAUCAAAUGCCGAUUUAAUUAUUAAUAUUUUGCUCCGCCAUGGUCAUUACUGUCUGAUAAUCAUCGAUUUCAGAAAUAAUUCUUUGAUAUUUCUUGACCCCAAAGGCGGAAAACCAGAGAAGACACAAGGUGCUAUUGUGUGUGCAAAGUUUUCCAAAUUUACUCGCAAGCCUCUACAAUUGCAAAUAUUCGAACAUACGUAUCAGAAGAGAGGGGACUCAGAAAAUUGUGGGAUUUACUGUCUCUAUUUUUUAGAGCGAUUUUUAACUUUUGGUGCUAGCAAUAUACCUUUUCAUGAUAUUUUCAAGGCUGACUUCUCCAUUUCAGCAGAGAGGAAAACUAUCAAAAGGACCCUGCUGUGGCAUUCAAUAGAUUUCUCUUUUGUAUGUCGCUCAUGCCAUAUCGAGGAUGUCAGAUUUGAUGUGGCGAGAAAUUAUAAUACUCAAAAAUUUAUAGAAUGUAUGGACUGUGAAAGACCAGUCCACUUGAAGGAGGGUUGUCUUUUUUAUCUGCAGGUAGAAGAUGUAAAUUCUUGGGAACCGGAGAAGUUCUAUUGUUGUGUAUGCCAUGCAUAUCGUAGUAAGGAAGGUAAGAAAGGAGAACCAGUAAAUAUAACAGCAUCUCAUAACGAAAAAAUAAAGACCGUUGACAAGGAAAGGAGAUUUAUUACUUUACAGAAAUAUUUUGCAAGAGGAGAAAAUGAAUCCUUUAACUCUAUUAUAUAGAAAUUCCAUUCUUGCACCCCUACUAACUUUUUUGCUCCAAAAGUAAAUGAAUCCAGCUUUCCAUUGUUCAUUUGUUCGUAUUGUUACCUGCAAAAAUUCUAAUUUAAGACGAAAUAUUGGAAAACUCCCCACCCAUUGUAUUCUUAACCCUUUCUAUUCUGGCCCCCUUUUUACACCCUCUGUAGUUUCUCUGCUUUUGGCUGUAAAGUAUCUCCUCUGUAAAUAUGUACAAAAUUGUUCUCUUAAAUGUAUUAAUUUAUUGCAGCAAAGCACAAAGUAGGGCAAAGCUCUCCACACUCCUCAUAUUCCAAAGCAAGCGUGGACCAUGAAGCAGAUGUUCCUAAAACUCAUUUUUCUUUUUUGUAAUGGGUCAUCACUCCUUUACCUGAGCAUUCUUAUUAGAAAUUUUUUUUUCAUUUCUUUUAGAGUGCAGGAAAAAUAAGUACCUUCUCCUUUUCUGGAUCUUUUCCUCAUUCUUAAUGCCCCACUGGUAAGAGUUGCUUUUGGUGGUGAUCUGUUUUCGCACCUUAAGCGGUUCUUUAAUUAAAGCAGGGAUGCAAGUUUCAAUGAUUUCAUACUUACUCUUGCAUAGAAAAAUUCAGGUUUUUUAUUCAGUUUUUCAUUCAACUGAUUUCACCAGAGAUUCAUUUGCUGCAAACAAUCGAUGUUGUACCAUACACCAAAAUCCUUACAGAGCUUGCUAAUCUUAGAUUGUGCUAUUAAGAAGCACGUGAAAGCAUUCCAAACGUACCGGGCCGUUUCCUUAUUUCUCGGCUCUUGUGAUUAUGUACUGCCAUAUUAACGUUUUUAAUGUUUUUAUCUUCAAAACAAUCUUCAUCAAUUUAUUUAACAUGCCUCAGAGAUUCUCUGCCCUACAUACCAGCAUUUGUUUCCAAAUUUCGGUGUUUAAAAAUUUUGGAAUCUGAUAUUUUGAUUGUAUAUUGUAUGCAUAUUUUGAAAAAAUUCUGUUCUUAUUAUAAUCAAAAGUGAUUUUACAUACGUCUCAUGAUUGCCCUAUCUCGGGUCUUUGUAGUCCCGGCAUUGUUGAGCCUUUCUUUUCUUUGCCUUUGACUUGUGUAUCCUCAGCCUGUGGUCUCUCGCAAUGACCUAUGUUUGUGAUAUAUUACAGGCAGAUCCUGAGAAAUUUCCUUUUUUCACCUAAAUAUCAACUCGUAGGCAACCAUUGCUAUCAGGGCAUGGUUGGUAUGAGUAACUCCUUAUUAGCCGUGUUCAUCAAGAAAAUAAGGAAGAGAAAAUUGAUGCAACUAUCUUUCUUUCAAGCCUCAGUAGUUUUACGGCAAUAAGUGUCUUUACUAUCGAAUUGUUUACUUCCUAGAAUGUAGUUCUCUGUAUUGACUUAAGCACAUCAUACUAGGGACAGUUAGCAAUUAUUUUCUUGUCUCAUAAAUAAUUUAUAAUCAGUACCUAUGCCUUUUUCUGGGUGUCUUUUAAUGCUCCAUUGAAGAUGAAUAGAUUCAAAUAUUCAGUGUUACCAUGACUUUCCUGCUGUAGUGUUUGCUUUAAAAGUUCUGUUGUUCAAUGUGACUUUUCAUCCGAUACUAUUUGUACGAAGGUGACAAACUUGUAAAUAUAUCAAACAUUAUUAGUUCCUUUUUAUUGGAUGCAAAGUGACGUAAAUAAUUGGUGAGGAAGAAAAAGCGAUGGUUCUGAAGCAAUAUAGUCCCUGAGCCUUAUCCACUGGUGUGCUAAUUAGUCUGUUUUCUUCAAUUGUUACCAAUAUCCUUUUUUUGUCAUUUAGUCAGAAAGCAAUUUAUUUUUAGGUAAUACUAGCGCACCAAGUUAAUACUAGUUCAUGUACAGAUGAUUGUUAUUGUUACUUAAAAAUUUAAUUUUCAACUCCCUGCACACAUCUGUGUGUAUAGAGAUGUUGUUCUAAAUGUGCUGUGAAUUAUUAGUUUGUCCUCUUUGAAAACUUGGUGCAAAGUGUUGUAAAUAUUUUGUGAAAAAAAAAGACACUGGAUCUGAAGGGCCUGUUCUUAAACUCUUCCUAGUGAUAUGUUAAUUAGUUAUUUCCCUGGAAUUCACUCAGGUUUCUUAUCGUCAUGUAGUCAGGAAGAAAUCUCUCAUUUGCUAUGUACCACUGUGCAAAUUUGGAAUUAGUCAAUGUACGUAUCAAUUGUACAUACAACAUACACCAUGACAAGUAUUAAUUUUUUCACAAACUAUCUUUAUUGUAAAUAAUUGCACCCCUAAAUCAUUACCGAAAAUGAGUCUUUGAAAAGAAAGAAGGAAAUUCACAGGCUCAAUUUUAGUUUGGAUCUGGGUUCAAGCAUAAUUUUGCCUUGUUACCCAUUUUUUUUUUUUUAAAUAAAAUCAUAUCAGUAUGUACUUUCA